GCCCUAAAGCCGUCUCCGAGAGUGAAGCCCUCCUCCAUCGUUUAGCUCCAUUACCUCCGAGUCCUCUCUUACCCGGCUCGACCAUGGCGGACGUUGUGCAGUUCCGACUCGAGGGCAUGCUCGACGAGCUCGAUGACCUUGAGCAACGUGGCCUCUUCUCCCGGCGAGAGAUUGCCGAGAUUGUAAAGCAGCGGCGCAAGUUUGAGUACCGUCUCAAACGACCUUGUCCGCUUAAGCAGGACUAUGUGGCCUAUAUCGAUUACGAGACCCAUUUGGACUCGCUUCGGCGUCUCAGGAAGAAGGCAGUAUCUCGUGAGCUUAAGAAGCAGGGAAAUAAAAAGAUGAGAAAAUCCGCCUCCGACUUCGCUUGUGUGAAAAGGAUCUUGUACAUUUAUCGGCUUGCAGUUUCUAGGUAUAAGGGUGAUAUUGAUCUUUGGUUUCGCUAUCUCGAGUUUUGUAGAGCACAAAAGAACGGGAGAAUGAAGAAGGUUCUCGCACAGUUGAUUAGGUUUCACCCAAAAGUUCCAGGGGUCUGGAUAUAUGCUGCUGCUUGGGAGUUUGAUCAUGAUACCAAUGUGGAUGCAGCACGUUCACUUAUGUUAAGUGGUCUGAGGGUUUGCCCAACUUCAGAGGAUCUUUGGGUUGAAUAUCUACGGAUGGAACUUACUUAUCUUAAUAAGUUGAAGGCUCGAAAGGUUGCCCUUGGAGAGGACGAGGGAAGUCUAGUCCGUGAAAAUAAAGCUGCCGAGGAUAAACAGUGGAGAGAAGAAAAUAAAGAUUUAUUUAUGUCAAUUGGUGAGGAUAGAGAAGAUAAUGAUGGAUCAGUCGGGGAAACGGAGUCGAAGAAUAAAUUGGAUUUGUUUCGAGAGCAGGGUUCAAACAUUUUAGAAACUAUCUACAAUGGUGCAAUUGAAGCACUUCCUUCUAGUUUUAGCCUGAGAAAGCGUGUCUUAGAGAUACUGGAAGCAAUGGAUUUAGCUCAUUCAGAAGAAUUGCACUCUAAAAUAUUACAGGAUAUAAAAAGAGACUUCGGUACAGAACCACAAUAUUGGGACUGGCUGGCUAGACUUCAGUAUAAUCCCGAUGAUGUACAGGGAAUGAGUGAUAAAAAGGAAAACUCUCGGAUUGAAAAAGCUGUCCAGGUCUACGAGGAAGGCUUAGAGCAUGUGCCUUCAUCUGCAAUGUUUAGCUUGUAUGUGGAGUUUUUGAUGAACGUCAUUACUUCUGUUAAGGGAGAACAAUCGUCUGGGUUAUCUAGUUGUACUAUGAACACUACUUCCCGACUCUUGAUGGUGUAUGAAAAGGCUCUAACUUUAGGACAUAUUACAGACGAUUUAGCUUGCCAGUAUGUUUCAUUUUAUUUGCAACUUGGGAAAUUGGAUGAAGCAUGUAAGCUUGCCGAAAGACUUUGCAGUGGAAAACUUUCGAAUUCUGUUAAGUUAUGGGUAUUGAGAGUCUCCACAGAAAUAAAAUCCAUUUUGAAGGAUUCUCCUUCUCCAAGUAAGGAUGAUCUGACGUCCAUCUUUGAACUGACAAAAGAGAUUCUGAGAGAUUUUUCAGUUUCAGAAUCUGGGAGCCUGUGGCUAACGGUCCUGAAGUUUUUUGCCAAUCAAAGUCAUUAUUUUGACCAAUUGGUGGAAAUUUCUCUUUUAGCAUUGGCUAAAUCUGGUGGCAGUGAGGAUGGGUUCUCACUCUCGUCAGCCAUUGUUGAUUUUGUUCUACAAAAAGAUGGAAUUCAGCGUACAAGAGAAGUGUAUAAGAAAUUUCUUGGAUUACCGCAUCCAGGGCUUGCUAUAUACCGAACGUGUAUUCAGCUGGAAUCCAAUCUUGCAUCUGCAGGGGAUAAAAAUGGUCUUGCAAGUGCUCGAAAGCUAUUUGAAUCUGCACUUGCAACUUAUGGUCAAGAUGUUAGUUUGUGGCAAGAGUAUUACAUAAUGGAAUCCAAGGUGGGAUCAUCAGAAACUGCAGCUGCAAUUCGUUGGCGUGCAAGGAAAACAUUAAAAGAUGCUACAGCACUUGCCACUUCCUCUGAUUUGUGAUUUUAAUUCUUUUUUGUUGUAUAUUUAUCAAAUCAAUUUUGACCUUUUAUGUAGAAUGGAUAAUUGAUUGAAUGUUGGCGAUUAGAAACAGAUAUAGAUUUCAUUUAUACCCUAAAGGAGCAUUAGCC